AUGGACGGUAGUGUUGGUACCACGCCGCCUGGCAUUAUGUAUGUUCGCGCCUUGUACGACUACGAAGCCGACGACCGGACAAGCUUGAGCUUUCAUGAGGGUGACGUUAUCCAAGUGAUUACCCAGCUGGAAAGCGGCUGGUGGGAUGGUGUCAUCAAUGGUGUUCGCGGCUGGUUCCCCAGUAAUUACUGUCAGAUCAUCACCGGCCCUGAGGACCUCGUCGACCAGAACCAAAACGGCCGUCUCGAAAGCGCCGAUGAUCAACGCGACGACGCCGACGUCUACGACGAGAGCUUUGAGCAGCAGGACUACGAAUCCGAAAGCGACGCGCCGGGUGCCUUGCCGCUCGAGGGAACAGACAUCGGGGACAAGUCCAGAGCCGACUUCUGGAUCCCUCAAGCAACCCCUGACGGUCGUCUCUUCUACUAUAACAUGAUGACGGGCGAUCGCAGCAUGGAGUUGCCGCUGGAAUCUCCCAGCUCAGUAAACGAAACUGGACCCAGAGAUCGCAUGAACGCGUCCAUGCCCGAUAAGACGCGCCCCCCUGCCGAGAUGAUGGCCAGGGGUCUCAACCAAGACGAGGACGACGACUCCGCAACUUCGGCGUCAGAAGCAGAAGGCGACGGCAUGUUUGCAUCUCGCCGACUGAAUCGCCAACGUAUCCCCCUCAGCGGAGCUCUCUCACCAUCCACCUCGAUGGACUCCAUCAACGGCACUUCGCCAAAUCGGAGAAGAAGAAACGACAGCGCCACGAAUGGCUUUUCAAAUGGACCCCAUCAGCCCCCUAAUAUCGCCUCUGCCACCUCCUUCACUAGCACCACAUACAACCUUCCAACCACAACGACCGUUCCGCGAUCAUUUUUCGACGAUGGCUCAACGCCACAGCUUAGCUGGAGUCUGCUUGUCUCCAAUAUGAAGCGUGCAAUUGACCGGUACCGAGACGCCAUCACCGCAAACAACCGCUCCGAAUACGUAGCUAGAGCCGAGGAUAUUUCAGACCAUUUGCGAUUGCUGCUUGCUGCCGGCUCUGGGACGACUGACAACCACUCUGGACAACCGUCCAUCAUUUCUACAAAUAAGGCGCUUUAUCCUCACUUCCGCGACAUGAUGUCCAAAUUCUCCAAGCUCGUCAUCUCUUCGCAUAUUGCCGCAGCAGACUGGCCAAAUGCUGAAUCGGUCCAAAAGUGUUUACAGGAAGCCGACGGCGUUCUUCUCGGUGUGUUUAGCUAUGUCGAAGUCGCGCGACAGCAGCGUGGCGAAGAGAUCCCAAGACUAUUUCCUGGCUUUGUGAUUGGUAGCACUGCGGGCGGAAGUUGGCAGAACAAUGGCCUCGGGCCGCGCGAUCCCAUAACAUCAAACUUCCUCGAGGAUGAUGACGGCGCUGUUGAGCCGACAGCUGUCCUGGAUGGUAGAUUACUCGAGCGACUGGAUGAGAUGAAGCGCAUGCUAAUAGCAAGCCUGCGUGAACUUGACAAGACGCUCGCCACGCCGGAGAACAUCAUCACACCUUAUCGACACGAGGUUAUCAGCAACAACAUAUGUUUGGCUGGGACCAAGACCAUUGACAUGUUCCGACCCUGGAUCGCCACUGUUGAGUCUGUUGACCUCUCCUCCCUUGGAGAUAGCUUUCAGACACCUCAGCUCGCAGAGUUUGCCACUUCCAAGCAGAGCUUGUACGACAACAUUGCAGACUUGCUAUUAGCUUGCCAGGCUGUCGCGGGCCCCUUGGCCGAUGAAUGGUCAGAGGUUCGGGGAGAGGCGUUGGAAAAUAGACUUGAAUAUGUCAGAACAUGUGCCAGAGCACUCGAGACCAACUCGACUCACGUUGGCUAUUCAUUACAGCUCCUGUCAGAACAGGUGCAGACAAACCUGCAACUCCAGCCACUCAAGAAGCAAGAAUCGCGGUCGCGGGAUCCAGUACCACCCGCACCGCUACAACGCGGUGAAUCAAUGCCGUAUGAUCGGCCCCAUCAACGAUCCGAGUCAAAAACGGCGCCUGUACGACCUACGCUUAUUACCGCCCAAUCUUUUACUGAAGGCGAACCACCGCCUGGUGCUUUGCGAAAGGGAGAUUAUUCCAAAGUCAAGAAGAUAUUUGGUGAAGAUCCUUCGCCCCAGACCAUGCAGGCAGACGACACUCCAGACUUUUUGCGCCUCGACUACGAGAACGACGUUUCAUGGGAUACCAAGUCUGCCCAACCUGCCGUACGGGGCGGCUCUCUACUCGCGCUUGUCGAACAGCUAACACGACACGACAAGCUGGAUUCAUCCUUUAACAACACCUUCCUCCUCACAUACAAGUCCUUUACGUCGGCCAGAGAGUUGUUUGAGCUAUUAGUAAAGCGAUUUGCCAUUCAACCACCAGAGGGUCUCUCGCAAGCCGACUUUGAGACUUGGCGUGACAGAAAGCAAAAGCUCAUUCGAUUCCGUGUGGUCAAUAUCCUCAAGAGUUGGUUUGAUAGCUUCUGGAUGGAAGAGUACAACGACGAAUCCAAGCAGUUGAUCCGAGACGUAUACGACUUUGCCAGAGAUACGGUCAAGUCGACAGAAACGCCAGGUUCAGGGCCGCUGAUGGCUAUGCUGAACCAAAGACUCAACGGCACAGACGCAAACGCCAGGCGUAUGAUUCAAACUCUGAACCAGACCACGCCAUCGCCGAUUAUGCCCAAGAAUAUGAAGAAGCUGAAAUUCCUGGACAUUGACGUGACCGAGUUUGCUCGCCAACUCACCAUUAUCGAGUCGAGACUGUACGGCAAGAUUAAGGCGACCGAGUGUCUCAACAAGACAUGGCAGAAAAAGAUUUCAGAGGGCGAGCCUGAACCUGCGCCAAACGUCAAGGCCCUGAUUCUGCACUCGAAUCAAAUGACGAACUGGGUGGCGGAAAUGAUUUUGGCGCAAACGGAUGUCAAGAAGCGAGUCGUGGUGAUCAAGCACUUUGUCUCAGUCGCCGACAAAUGUCGAACGCUUAACAACUUUUCUAACCUGACGUCCAUCAUCUCGGCUCUCGGCACGGCGCCGAUUGCGCGCCUAAAACGAACAUGGGACCAAGUACCGCAGCGGACGCAUACGGUCCUGGAGACGAUGCGCAAGCUGAUGGCGAGCACGAAGAACUUUGGCGAGUACCGUGAGGCGUUGCACGCAGCAAAUCCGCCGUGCAUUCCGUUCUUCGGUGUCUACUUGACCGAUCUUACAUUUAUUGAGGACGGCAUUCCAUCAAUCAUCAAGAAGACAAACCUCAUCAACUUUGCGAAGCGGGCCAAGACAGCCGAGGUCAUCCGCGACAUUCAGCAGUAUCAAAACGUGGGGUACUCGCUGCAGCCGGUGCCGGAGCUUCAGGAUUACAUUCUCAGCAAUAUGCAAGCAGCGGGCGACGUUCACGAGAUGUACGACAAGAGCCUGCAGAUCGAGCCGCGCGAGCGCGAGGAAGAAAAAAUCGUGAGGUUCGUAAGACCAAGCACCUAG